AUUAUUUAUUAUAUUUUAUAUAAAAAUUUAAAAAAAUUAUAAUUGCGAGAUGAAAUGCAUGUUUUACCUAAACCUAGCCUAGGUCUCCUUGCUUCGUUGCAAUAAUGGCGAUGUCUGAAUUCUGAUUUUCUUCUCUGUGUAGCAAAGGGAAAAGACCCUGAUGCCCUUGAUGAUUGAAGAAAAAAUGCCUCUCUUCGUAGUUUUGAUUUUUUUAUCUACUUUUAUCCAAUUAAGAAACCCUUUGAACCAUAACAAUAAUGGUAAGAAGAAACCUGUUUUUUCCCAACAAAGUCAUGGGAAACGAAUCUCAGCAGGCCACAACAAAGCAACUUCGACGUAUGGCUUAACUCCCUUUGCAAAAUUGUGGAACAGUACUGGACAAAGCCCUGGGUGUUGUAGUUGGUGAUUGAAAGAUAAAAGCGAUGUUCCUAGUGGUAUUUCGUACUCGGGAAACGAUCCGAUGACAGUUUUAAGGCUGUUUGGCCAUAUGAUGAGCCUGGCAUAGGUUGCGGAGAGAUGGGUGGGUUAGUGGGAAGCCGUUUUCAUCGUGUUAUUAAAAGCUUUAUGGUGCAAUGUGGAGAUAUCUCUGCUGGCGAUGGUACUGGGGGAGAAUCUAUCUAUGGCUUGAAAUUUGAAGAUGAGAACUUUGAAUUAAAGCAUGAAAGGAAAGGAAUGUUAUCUAUGGCUAAUUCUGGUCCUGACACAAACGGGUCUCAGUUUUUUAUUACAACCACUCGCACUUCGCAUCUAGAUGGAAAGCAUGUUGUGUUCGGGAAGGUGAUUAAAGGGAUGGGAGUGGUGAGAUCAAUUGAGCAUGUUUCGACUGAUGACGGUGACUGUCCUAGUGCUGAUGUUCUAAUUGUAGACUGUGGAGAAAUUCCUGAGAAGGCAGAUGAUGGGACAUCUAAUUUUUUCAAAGAUGGUGAUACUUACCCUGAUUGGCCAGCUGACCUGGAUGAGAGUCCUACUGAGAUCACCUGGUGGAUGAUUGCUGUUGAUUCUGUAAAGUCUUUUGGCAAUGAAAUUUACAAGAAACAAGACUAUAAGAUGGCCCUUAGAAAGUAUCGGAAGGCUUUACGAUAUCUAGACAUCUGCUGGGAGAAAGAAGGGAUUGAUGAAGAAAAGAGUUCGUGUUUGAGGAAGAAAAAGUCCCAGAUUUUCACUAACAGCUCUGCUUGUAAGUUGAAGUUGGGGGAUCUGAAAGGAGCAUUGUUAGACACAGAAUUUGCAAUGCGUGAUGGAGACAACAAUGUGAAAGCUUUGUUCCGGCAAGGUCAGGCAUACAUGGCACUCAACGACAUUGAUGCUUCCGUUGAAAGCUUCAAGAAGGCAUUGGAAUUGGAGCCAACUGAUGUUGGAAUAAAGAAAGAGCUUGCUGCUGCCAAGAAGAAGAUCGCUGAUAGACGUGAUCAGGAGAGAAAGGCAUACAGCAAGAUGUUCCAAUAGGGGCAUUCAACCGGUUCUGCCAUGGAGUCGGGGGACAACAUCCACAUCACUUUACACCAAAUACAAUUGUACAAAAUUGAGGAUUGAACAGAUUCUUAGAUUUUUCUUAGAAGUGUGGCCGUACUACUCUAGAACUGGCUGACACCGGUGAAAACAAGUUCCUCGAGACAAUUUUGUUUUGUUAAAAUUUGGAGAAAGUUCACAAGUUUGACUUGGAGAUGCUUUUGGGUGGGGUGGUCCUGUUCUCUUUUAGAACUUCGAUAAGAUAGCCAGAUUAUUUGGUUUGUUU